CAACAGAACAGAACAGUUAAAGCAACACAAAAGUCGCGUAAUAUAAGACGCGCGCAAAGCAGUUUUCAUGUUGGAAACGGCGUUUUUAUUGUCUGAAGAGAGAGAGAGAAAAAAGCUGCUUUCAGUGAGAGAAAACAGAGAGAUUCCUGUUUUUCUUAAGCUAUUAAGGAAGAAGAAGGUGGUUUUGUAACGGUUUAAAAGUGGGUUUUUUGCGUUACAGGUUCUUGGAUCUCUCAAGUGUGAAAUAAGUGAAAAGUUGGGGACUUUUUAACGGAUUUUAAAGGGAAAUAAUUGUUGCAGUUAUUGAGGGAUUAAAUUGUUGUGAUUAAGUGUAGAUAAUGAGGGUUAUUUAAGGUUUAUAGAAAGAAGUUAUACUUCGUGGGUUUGAAUUUAUUUUUUGGAGGGUCUUUUUUUGGUUGACUAACUUUGGCUGCUGCUGCUGCUUGGUGGGUUUUAAAAAAUGAUGGCUAUGAAUAGAGGAAUAGGAGGAGGAGGGGGAGGGGGGUCGUUAUCGCAGGGGAAUAGUGAAGGUUGUGGAGGAGAUGAUCUGUAUACGGAGUUAUGGAAGGCAUGUGCCGGUCCACUGGUGGAUGUUCCCAAGCGAGGAGAAAGAGUGUUUUAUUUUCCUCAAGGUCAUAUGGAACAGUUGGAGGCAUCAACAAAUCAGGAAUUGAAUCAGAGGGUUCCUUUGUUUAAUCUGCCUUCAAAGAUUCUCUGUCGUGUUAUUCAUACUCAGCUGCUGGCAGAACAAGAUACAGAUGAGGUUUAUGCACAGAUUACUUUAAUUCCUGAAUCAGAUCAAAUUGAACCUACGAGUCCUGAUUCAAGUUCAUCUGAGCCUCCAAGACCUACAGUUCACUCCUUCUGCAAGGUGUUAACUGCCUCUGAUACGAGCACCCAUGGUGGAUUUUCUGUUCUUCGUAAACAUGCCACUGAAUGCCUUCCUCCACUGGAUAUGACCCAACCAACCCCAACUCAGGAAUUGGUUGCCAAGGAUCUACAUGGUUAUGAAUGGCGAUUUAAGCAUAUUUUCAGAGGUCAACCAAGGAGGCACUUGCUCACCACAGGGUGGAGUACAUUUGUUACCUCCAAGAGAUUAGUUGCUGGGGAUUCAUUUGUCUUCCUCAGAGGGGAGAAUGGGGAAUUGCGUGUUGGGGUGAGGCGCGUUGCUUGCCAACAGAGCAGCAUGCCAUCAUCUGUGAUUUCCAGUCAGAGUAUGCACCUUGGAGUUCUUGCAACAGCGUCUCAUGCUGUUUCAACCCUAACUCUCUUUGUGGUAUAUUAUAAGCCGAGGACGAGCCAGUUCAUCAUAAGCCUGAACAAAUAUCUAGAGGCUGUUAGCAAUAAGUUUGUAGUUGGGAUGAGAUUCAAGAUGAGGUUUGAAGGUGAAGAUUCUCCUGACAGAAGGUUUUCGGGCACGAUUGUUGGGGUUGAAGAUUUUUCUCCUCACUGGAACGAUUCUAAAUGGCGGUCAUUGAAAGUUCAAUGGGAUGAACCUGCUCCUAUUCCAAGACCCGAUAGGGUUUCACCAUGGGAGAUAGAACCCUGUGUGGCUUCGGUACCACCAAAUCUGUCUCAACCAGUUGCACAAAAAAAUAAAAGGCCCCGGCCUCCAUUUGAAAUUCCAGCUCUUGAUUUAUCUUCAACUGCAUCAACUCCUUGGAAUUCUGGAUUGACACAGUCCCAUGAUUUAACUCAACUGAGUGUUACCGGUGAAGGCAAAAGUUAUGAAAAUCACGUUAUGUGGCAUCAAAAACAGACUGAUGUUAAUGGCCAUAGCAACUCUAUGUCAAGGACUCAAACUGAAGGGGGCUGGUUAGCUUCUCCCCAUGUUAAUGUUUCUCAGCAUCCGUUUCACGAUGCCAUGGAGGAUAGCAAAAGUGUUUCCCCAUGGCCUGUAUUCUCAGGCUAUUCAACUCCCAUCUCAUCCAAGUCAAAGAAUGACCCAAUCCCUGACCCAUCUGAUAAGGGGAGGAAAUCUGAGGUGCCUACUAGUUAUCGAUUAUUUGGCAUUGAUCUUGUAAAUCAUUCCUCAAGUUCAACUCCUAUUGAAGUGCCUGCACAGCCGAUGAGUAUAUGCAGUGGUGCCACUGAAGGACAUGUUCUAGGUACCCUGUCUGCAGUUGAUUCAGACCAAAAAUCUGAAGUAUCCAAGGAACAGAAACCAGAACAGUUACAGAAAUCACCAAAAGAAAUUCAGAGCAAGCAAAGUUCUACUUCCACUAGAAGUCGCACGAAGGUUCAAAUGCAGGGGAUCGCUGUUGGUCGGGCCGUGGACUUGACCAUGCUGAAAGGGUACAGUCAGCUUAUAGAUGAGCUGGAGCAGUUAUUUGACAUUAAGGGACAGCUUCACCCUCGGGAUAAGUGGGAGAUCGUCUAUACUGAUGAUGAAGGUGAUAUGAUGCUUGUCGGUGAUGAUCCGUGGCCUGAGUUCUGUAACAUGGUGAGAAGAAUCUACAUAUGCUCAAGUCUGGAUGUGAAAAGGAUGGGUCCAGGAAGCAAACUUCCCAUGCUACCCAUUAAAGGUGAAGGGACUGUAUUAAGCUCAGAUUCAGCAGAGAACUGAAUCAUUGAACUUCCCAUUUCUCACAUUUCUUACUCUCUCACUGUCUUUGUUUUUUUACCUUUGUUGUUGUUGGUUAUUUGUUUGCGGUUAUAGUGGUUUUUGGGCUCCGGGGAUGGUUUAAGUUGGAGAGACAGGAGGCACUGGCUGAUUAACAGCUCGGUUUUUUAGAGCUAACUACCUAAGGAGACUCAAAAAAAGACAUUGACUGGGUUCUAAGUAGUGGUGGAAGUUAAAACCGUAGGGCUAGAGUCUCUGCAUUUUUUUUCGUAUUUGCAGGUAGGGCUGGGGAUGGGGUAUAUGUUUCUUGUGUCUGUAAAUAUCUUGCGGUCUGGAAAUGUAAUAUUCGUCUUUAAAGAUUGGAAAUUUUCACGCUUAAGUUUCUAUGUUAGCUUCAGUCUAUCA